AUGGAGCCUCCCAAGACGGUGGACACCUUCGAGCGGCAGUUCCACUUCGUCUACGAGGAAGUACCUGUGGCUCUUUACCGCUGCACCAAGACUGGCCUGCGUGUCGCCGCAGCGCAGGUAAAAUCGCCAACAGUUCAUGGCUACUUCACCGUACAGACGGAAGCCUUUGAUGACUACGGCUGUCCGCACACCCUGGAGCACUUGAUCUUUCUGGGCAGUGAGCGGUAUCCAUACAAAGGCGUUCUGGACGUGUUGGCCAACAGAUGCCUUGCGCAGGGGACGAACGCGUGGACGGCGACGGACCACACAUGCUACACCGUAGAUACAGCCGGUGCCGAGGGAUUUCUGCGCAUUCUGCCCGUGUACCUCGACCACGUGCUUUUCCCAACGCUAAAGGACAGCGGUUUUGUCACCGAGGUGCACCACAUCACUGGUGAGGGAAGCAACGCCGGUGUGGUGUACUGCGAGAUGCAAGCCAGGGAGAAUGAAGCCGGCGACAUGUGUGACCGUGCUAUGCGUCUCGCAGCGUACCCCGGGCGCUGCAGCUACAAGUCUGAAACCGGUGGAAGGCUCAAGGAGCUGCGCGAGCUCACAAAUAAGACGGUGCAAGAGUACCACGGUGCCUACUACAGGCCGGACAAUCUGUGCGUCAUCGUCACCGGGCAGGUGGAUUUCAAGGACCUUUGCGAGGCCUGCCGGCCAACGGUGGCUGCCAUCACUGCCUCGGAUCGGAUCCAAAAGCUUCCGCCUUUGGAGAGGCCGUUCUCGGGGUCUGUCCCGAAGCCCAAGGAUCAGCAGAUCGUGAGGAUGGAGUUUCCGGCAGAGGAUGAGACCAGUGGAGGAGUUGUGGAGCUAUGUUGGCCCGGUCCAGCAUGGACAGAUUUUCAGAAAGUGGUUGGGCUGAAGGUGCUUUUGGCCUACCUCUGCGAGGACUCGAUUUCGCCGCUCCGGAAAGCGCUCGUCGAGACGGUGCCUCCGCUGUGUGGGAAAAUCUCAGAGGGCCUCCAUGACUACAAGGAGGAGCUCAUCAACAUCACUUUGAACAGUUGCGAUGUUGAGCAGCUUUCCAAGCGCGACGUCACGGCAGAGGUCCAAGCCGUCUUCGCAGCAACGGCGGCAGAAGACGGAUCAGGGAUUGAUGUCGCUCGGAUCCGCAGCGUCAUUCGUCAGCAGCAGCGGCGCCACCUCGCCGCCGUGGAGUCGAACCCACAUGAUCUCUUCAGCGGCGAGAUCAUCGGCUCCUUCUGCUAUGCACCGGACUUUGCGCCUGGCGCUGUGGACAACAAGGGCGACUCAGUUCGGGCUCGACUUGACACCCCCGCCGCUUUGGAGGCGCUUCUCGCUUGGGAGGCCACGAAGUGGGCAGCACUUUGCAAGGAGUUCCUCGUGUCUGCCUCCAACCCAGGCGUGACUGUUUGCGGCUUUCCAUCGAAGAAUUGCGGCGAAAAGAUACAGUCCGAGGAUGCAACGCGCAUUGGAGCUCAGAAGACGGCGCUCGGCGAGGAGGGCUGCAAGAAGGCUGGGGAUGCUGUGGCCGCUGCCGAAGAAGAGAACGACGUGGACACGCCGGAGGAAGUUUCCGCGGAGUUUCAAGUGCCAGAUGUUGCGAAGGUGAAGCUGAUUGAUGUCUCCACAGUGUGCGUGAAGAAUGGUGUGGUGGAGGAGCUGUAUGGCCAGGAGGCAGCCAAGCUGAAGGCUCUCUUGAGCCGGACGCCCGCGAGUGAGUUGCCAUCACUGGCGUUCCAGUUCGACCACGUCCCAGGAACUCAGUUCGCAAAGUGCCAUGUUAUGCUGCCGCUGGCUGGGCUGACAACGCGGCAGCUGGACCUUACUGUAGCCGUCCUAGCGAUGGCAUGCCGGUCGACCCGUGCGCUGGCUGCCAAGGAUGCCUCCAGCGAGGAGGAAAUGGUUGAGUUUGCAGACGGCUCUGACACCGAUGAUGAGUCUCCACUUGCAAACUUCGUUCUCGGGCACGUCGGGGCGGCGAAUGUGCUGCUCGCCGUCGGCUUCGUCAUUGUGGGCGUUACGGUGCUCAUUUUUGAAGGCCUUCAUCCCUACUCGGCCUUCUACCUGGUUGUGCAGGUGAUAACGACAAUUGGUUAUGGCGACGUAACCUUGAGCGAGCCAAGGCAGAAGCUCUUCAUGAUUUUCUAUGUGACGUUGGGUACCGUGCUUGUUGCGAAGGUGUUGAACGACCUCCUCAACUCCGCGAUGUUACGGGCGGAGCAGCAGGUCACCAACAGUCUGCGGGCCGUAGUCUCCCACUCCUCCAGCUCUGGUAGCAGGUUGUGGUGGAAGUUUACCUCGGCGCUUGGGCUCGUGCUCUGCCUGCUCGUUGUGUGGGUGUGCUUCUUUGCGCUCCACGAGAGCUGCUCAUGCUCUUUCGGGAUGACUCGCAUAGAGGGCUGCGACGAUGUUCGAUGUCGUGAGACGGGUGGAAAGACCCUGGACUGGCUGAGUGCCGUGUAUUUUGGCGUUGUCACCUUCUCCACAGUGGGCUUCGGCGACUACAGCCCGCAAUCGCAGUUGGGACGAGCCCUGGGGCCAUUUUGCAUGAUGGCAGGCGUCCUGUCCUACACGAACUUGAUCCGUAGAAUGUCCGACAUCAUCCGGGCUCGCGAGGAAGUGUACAAGGAGAAGCGGCGCUGCACACCUGACGUGUUCCGGCUGAUCGACACCAGUGGGAAUGGCAUCAUCGACCGGAAUGAGUUUCGAGUGUACAUGCUGCUGAGAAAGAACCAGGUGUCGCCUGAAGCACUGGCGGCCAUCGACAAAGUCUUCGAUGCCAUUGACCUGGACAAAAGUGGCGGCGUGACGUUUGAUGAGAUCAAUGGAGUUAUGCUUGGGUGA